AUGGCAGAAAAGUUAGACGACCUGAAUCUCCCCAAUGCUUCGGUGCAGAAAAUAAUAAAAGAAGUGCUCCCGGACUCUGUAAAUAUUGGAAAGGACGCCAGAUCUGCUCUGUCUAGAGCUGCAUCAGUGUUUGUCCUUUACGUGACUUCGCAGGCCUCUAACGAGGCCCAGAAAGGUAACAGGAAAACAUUGACUCCAAAAGACGUUAUGACUGCGUUAACAGAAUUGGAGUUUGAAAAUUUCAUAGAACCUCUAGAGGAAGCAUUAAUAGAAUACAAAAAUUCGAGGUCCAAGAAAGGCAAAGGUAAGAAAUCGAUCGAAGGGAACGAUACCGAUGAUAUCGAUGAUCAACACGAGACUGCUGAAGACGAUCUGAAAGAUGAUGAAUGA